AUGGCCUCGCCGAGAUGCUUCUUCCUAGACCUACCUUGCGAAAUUCGUCUCGACAUCUACGCCCUUCUCCUUCUCAUCCACCCUCCCCUAGAUAGAGUCGGCCCGUCUUCGCCACAAGCACGGCUCCAUCCCGCAAUUCUUUCCACAAACCGGCAAAUCCAUAGAGAGGGGACGCCCAUUCUCUACGGCAGCAAUGUAUUCCUCGCGCACACCAAACUUCUCGCCUCCUUUCCGCGUCUACGGCCGUGGUACUCGCCCGUCCGGGAGCGCUCCGUGCUCCCGCGCAUCCGCCGCUUCCACAUCCGGCUGCGGCUAGACUGCGACCUGGCAUUUGAUGCCGCGGCCGCGACGGCAGCCUUCAACGGCGUGGAUGAGCUCAUCAUCGAGGUGUGGCAGGCCGCCUUCCAGAGUGCGGACCAUGGUGCGCUGCGGGUGUUUGAGGGGGUUCGGGCCGUCAAGACUGUCAGGGUCUAUGGGAGCAUCACAGGGUUUGAGGACUAUGUGGGCUGGCUCGAGGGUGUGAUGCGCCGCGGCGGUGAACUCGAGGGCAGCAAAGACCUUAGUCUUGUCGGGACGAGGCCAUCUCAAAGUCAAAUCCCGUGA